GCGGGAGUGGCGGUGCCGGAGGGUCUGGCGACGCCAGCGGCGGCAGCGGGAGUGGUAACGAAAACUUCUGACCGUGAUCGGAGAACUGGAUGGCGGGCCGCACCUGCUUUAGGUGUGGAGACCCCGACCAUUUUCGGAAUGUGUGUGACGAGUACCAAGAUGCGAAGAGGAGGGGCGUACCCUUCAUUCCCCCGCCACAAACGCGGGGGGGUCGAACCAUGGGUAUGGGACAAGAAAGAAGGAGCCUAUUAGCUGAUAGUAACAUGCGGAGGAGUGGUGGGGAGACCGAUGUGCUCAUGCGAGAGUACUUCCUGCAGAAGGCGCAGGAGAGACGCGAACGACAAGAAAGAGAAGCGAAGGAGGAGGCAGCCCGAAAGGAGGAGGCGAUGCAGAGGGAAGCGGAGAAAAAGAGACUCGAGGAACUGGCGGAAAGACGAAGAUACGAGGACGAGCAUGAUGCACGUCUGCUGCGUAUGGUGCGCGAGGAAGUGCUACGUGGUAAGGAAAAGGAAGAUGUUGGGAUUGUUGCUAAGAAGGUUGAGAAAGUUGUGAAGGUAAUAAGGACGAACGAGCGGGGUGAGACACUUGACGAAGAAAAGGAACGGCUCCGACGUAUGAUCGCAGUUGCCGAAACCGAAGAAGCUGAGUUCGAAGACGACGAGCUGCUUAGGCUGCGACGCAGGGCAGCUGGUCUUAGUCUGAACGACAAGAGAAAACGGGGCAAGGAAGUGGCGGUGGGAGAUAGCCCGCCAAUGACCACACCGACGAAAGGGCAGCGCACUGGCCUGUCCAUUGGAGCCAAGACACGGAUUAGCGAAAUCCGGAGCGAAGGGGGAGCGGUGGCUGGAAGCUCGGCGUCGAUACUGGAACUAGUCGGGAAGAUCUCACAGUCUCUCAAGCAUGUGACGGCUGGCACUGGACCGGGAGCGCGUGAGAGAUACGAGAAUGAGUGUCGAGAGAUUUUUGAGGCAUUGACCAUUGAAGAACUGAAAGAUGCUUGUAAAGCCGAGCACGUCGUAUAUGGGAAGAGAGAAAUGGCUAUCAAUCGGUUGGUGAAGAAGAGAGUGGUCAAAGCCUAUGACCCUGUUAAAGUUCCUUUGCCGGAGACUCCAGGGGUAGUCAGGCGAUCCGUCAGGAACAUCCGUUUGGCGGAGACGGACAGGAGAGGUAAGGUGGUGCACAAAGUUUUUGUAGAAUACUGGAGGGUCGCAUUGGAUCUUGGUAAGUUGGAUCUGAAUGAAGCAAGUGGUUGUGUAUACGUGCUAGUGUCACCAUGGCACAAGCAGACGUACGUGGGCAUGACGGAAAGGGAGUUAAAGGUGCGCUGGGGUGAGCACGUAAACUGCGUGAGGAAGGGCGGAAAGAGACGUGGGAGGAAAUUAUACAACUGGCUUGGAAAAGUGGGUUUGGAGAAGUACGUAGCGAUACCAGUGUUUUUCAAUGACGAUAGGGCUGAACUUGAGGCCGUGGAAAGGACCUUGAUCAAGACGUGGUCACCUUCGUUGAAUACAAUCGGGACAAAGAAGAAGACCAGAAAACGAUGGAGGAAGGGUAGGAAGGAGAGAAGAAGACAAUGGGUAAGGAAGGAGGAUGUGACUAUAAGAGGUGACAGCGGACAAUUAGGGAGGAUUUUGGAAUUGCGAACACGCGGAAGUCGGAUUACCGUGCGAGUUGUGGAGUUUCUGCGCGGGUUAAUCAAACCAUCGCACGGUACUGGGAUUGAAGUGUAUAGCAACGGUGGACAGACUUGGACCGAUGGAUGGCGUGUAGUGCGUAGGCUGUUCGGGGAAUCGCGGGUAGUUGUCGGGAAGCGUACGAGGCCGUUAAGGAAGUGCAAGAAGUUGUUGGAGACGGAGGGAUGGCUGGUGUUACGAGAUGUGGUAGAAGCGUCACCUAGAACACUGAGGCUGAAGCAGGAUCUGAUCCGGAUGUUUAGGAACAGGCGAAAGCAGGGGGAACUAUCGAAAAAAUCGGUAGAUGAGCUGGUGGGUUACUAUAGUGAUGCAAAGCUAUUCUUGGAAAAGAGAAGCCGAACUAGGGCGCGAAGAAUGCUGUCCAACGUAUUCAAGAGGAAGUUUGGUAUGAAUGUCAGGAGGCGGAUCAUAGUGAAGGUCGAAUACGACGAUAGAAUAUGUAAAGGUGAGGUAGUACGGUUAGUAAGGAGUGGUGUGGGAAAGUUGGAGUUGACUCGUCUAGUGAUGGAGAUGGUACGAAGACGCACCCGCAUUGUUUGGACAAGAAGCCAGAACGUGGGUGAGAUCCUCCAUAAUCACCGCCGUUACGCGGCGGAUGGAGUCUUUGGGUGCACUUGCACCGAUAUGCCUUUCCCACGGGUGGAGGGGCACGUCCAUUUCCGCAUAGGGGAGUUGUUUGACGUUCCCAGCAUCGCCCUGAAUGCCAAGAAUGUGUCGAGGGAUAGGAGUGAGGGCGUGGUGUCCAGACUGCGGAAGGAGUUGUCCAGCGGGGUGGAGGACGUCCGCUGGCUGGGGAUUGGGACUGGGAAGAUCACUUUCUCACCUGAGGAAGUGGAACGCUGUGUGAGUGGACUCGAAAGUGAUGCUAGCAGCAACUUGACCGAGGUGCGACAACUCGUGACCAGGCUGGACGGACUGGUGCAUGCUCCUUUGGACAGAAAUCCGGGAGACACACUAGUAAUGUGCCCGCUCGUGUAUGGGGCAGCGAUGGAGACAACAUUUGUGCAGAACGAAGGGUAUGAGGUGUGUGAAAGAAAGGAGGUGGCAAUCUUCAAUGACUGUUUCGAGGAAUUUCGGAGGCGAGAUUUUGACCGGCUGGGAAAAUGGGAUGUAGAAGGGAGGCUUGGAAAUGCCUAUGCCUUGCCUAAACACAAGGACACGGCAAAGUACAGGCCGAUAUGUCGGACGUACCGUGAACCCUGUAACGGUGUUUGUAGAAAGAUAGCGCGUGCUGUUAACGGAAUGUUGUUCGCGCUUCCGAAGAGUGGACAUUUUAAUUUGAAAUCGAUUGGCGGAUUGCGACCUCGGUUGAUUCAGAUUAACAGGAAGAUGCAGAGGGUGGGGAAGUACACGAGCCUGCUUGUGGGGUCUUAUGAUAUAAAGGAUAUGUUUAGUAAAUUACCCCACAAGACUAUUAUGCAAGCUCUGGACUGGUGCGUUUGGUGGCACGAGCGGAGAGGGUUCCGCGGCAUGUGGGUGAAACGUCGCGGGAAGGGUGCCGCGAUGAGUAAGAAAGAGUCGGUCGAUGGUUGUCAAUUCAUUGAGUUUCGUGUGAUCCGUGACUUCGUACAGUAUGAGUUGGAUGCGUGUUAUACUGUUGCGAGUGGCACUAUCCUGCGACAAGUUAUAAGAAUACCAAUGGGUAAGGCAACAUGCCCGCCGCUUGCUUGCCUACUGUGUGUGAAGGCGGAAUGGGACCUUCUGAUUAGUUUAGGGAGCGACCGUAGAUUGAUCGCGGGCAUUCGGUAUGUGGAUGACGCCUCCACCUUUGUGGCUUACGACUCGAGAAAACCAGAAUCGAAGCGCAAAAAGCGGAGAGGAUUCUUUCGUUGUUCGAAAACUGUUACGACGACGCCUUGACCUUGAAGAGGACGGACAUGAGCGAAGGCGUAUGGGAAUUCUUGGGCUGCAGACUGACCGUGGAAGAAGAUUUCCCUUACGUGGGAUGUUGCCAGGCAAUGAAGAACGAGAAGAAUC